AAAUGACGACGCCGGACACCGCUACGUAUUAACUCGCUAAAAAUAUUUAACAAAAACCCGCAAAAGUGAAAAUUAUUAAACUAUUUACUAUAAUCUUCGUACUUUGUUUUACAAUAUCGUGCAGUACGCGAAUAGACACACACGCACGCGCGGUUCCAUGUCAAAACAAACCAGUGCUUUUGCGAUGUAAACAUGAACGAACGUAAGAUCCUGCUUUUUAUUCUAUCCGUGAUUAUUUAUAGUAUUUACAGUGUUCAAAUGUGGUUUAUGAAACGAAAUGUUGAAGCUAACGUUGUACAAAAGAAUACUUCUGAAGCUGGGAUCACGGCCGAAGAAAAUCAGUCAAAUCCAGAAAUUGAACCGCAGGCAUUAAAAGCCAUUAUAAAACCAAAAGUCAUUCCACUAUUUAUAAAAGAUGCAUGCAGCAUCUUAGAAGUGUUUACUGAAAAACCAACUUUGACGGAGCGCAAACACAAACAUCGUUUACGUAUCGAAGAUAAUAAUACGCUGACCGUCAUAGGAAUCACCGUAUUUCUGUUGAUCUUAUUGCUCAAUGCGAUACUCGAUGUAUUGAAAGUGAAAGAAGAAGAAAGAGCCAGAAGGAAGCUGAACCCAGACGGAGAAAGGAGGCAAUCGUUAGCAGAAUUUGCUAACAAAAAACCUUUGCGUAGAGAAUCUAGCAAGUUUGGACUACAGCUAUUUCAAAUAGCUGAAACAUUUACAAAUUCCGAGGAAGAAAAAAAGGAUAAUAACCGUCAAUCAAGACCUUAUAGGAGAGGAGAUUCUACAAACUCGUACCUGAGUGAACCACAGAAGAAAUCUCAAGAAGGAUCAGCACCAGCGUCAAUCGCCGAGACCCCGGCUGGAGAUGCGAGACUUGUGAAAAGGCAAUCUGUAGCCAGACUCUUUGGAGGUCGUCCAACAACAAUGGUGCGUCGCUCGUCAUUCCCAGCUCUGCCUCUCAAUCCUGAGGUCCAGGCGUUGAUGCUGGGGCAUCGGCAGACAUCAGUUGACAGCGACGAUGAGAGCGACCCUAGAGGGCGUCGCGUUCGCCUCAUUCGUAGGUUUUAAACGCCACGACUGAUGCUUUUACUCAUGUCAUGGUUAUCACUGGUAUAAGUAAUUGUGUAAUUGCAAUUUUUGACACUCUUGUUCAUAAAAUCCUCUUAAUAAUACUGUUUAAAUGAAAUCUCAUAUCAGUAUCGUUGGGCCAAAUAUUUAAAAACUAAAUUUAUAUGAACAGAAGCGUUUUUUGUUAAAAUUGUAGUUCUGACGUGUUCUAGUCUUUUUUCUAUAAUACUUGCCUAAUUUUAUGGAUCGUCUGAGAUUUACCUAAGAGUAUUAUAAUAUUUGUUUUAGUACUUAUUAGAAUUAUGUAAUGGGAUUGUAAUAAUUUUCUUUAUGCUUGUUAACUUAUUGAUAUUUUGUUGUCUUAUGGACAAAAAUAAUAAUUUGAACAGAGUUGUACCACUAAAUGUAUUGUUUAGUAAGUAGGUGUUCAAAUACCAAUUGCCUUAGUUUAAUUGCGUAGCAGUAUUUUUGCAGAUACAUUACCCGAUUUCAAAAAUGGAGGACGUUUUAUACAUAACUAAAUUAUAAUAAUAUGUAUUUAUGUAUACACAUAGAUAAGUAUAUUUU